AUGGACUACUUUCUCUCCGACGCCUUCCAGGCCCGCGCCGAGGCCCUCAUCGCCAAGUACCGCGUCCCCGGGCUCGCCAUUGCCAUCACCCACCGCGAGCGCGUCGAGUCCCGCGCGUUUGGCUUCGCGCGGCUGGACGAUGGCGACCACCCGCCCGUGCCGUGCACGCCCGACACGCUGUUCGACAUUGCUUCCGCGUCCAAGAGCAUGACGGCGGCGUCGGUGGCGCUGCUCGUCGAGGACGACGACAAGCACCCAGACGUCAAGUACGACGCCGUCGUGGCCAAGCUGCUGCCGGGGGACUUUGUCAUGCCGACCGAGGAGCUGACGGAAGCGGUCACUGUGGACGAUAUCCUGUCGCAUCGGACGGGCAUGCCUACUCAUGACUGGUCCUAUCUUGGCACCGGGUCCCAGACCCCAGACACUCCCCGGUCCGUCACCAGAAACCUGCGCAACCUGCCCGUCUGCGCGCCGCUGCGCACCAAGUACAUGUACAACAACAUGAUGUACACCGUCGCCGUCCACCUCGUCCAGCAAAAGACCGGCCUCUCCUUUGCCGACUUCCUCUCCGCCAACUUCUUCCAGCCCCUCGCCAUGUCCUCGUCCAGCCUGCAGCCGUCGCGCGCCCGCGCCAGGGACGGCUUCGAGGCCCGCAUGGCCAUGGGCUACACCUGGGUGCGCGCCUCGCAGCGCCAGGCGCCCGUCCCCAUGGUCGAGUGUCCCGAGGCCGACGGCGCCGGCUCCAUCAUCACCUCGGUCAACGACUACAUCAAGUGGGUGCGCGCGCUCCUCCACCGGACAUCACCCGUCACCGAGGCCGUCUACAGCGGCCUGGUGCGCGCGCGCACCAUUGUCAAUCCCGACGGCGAGCGUCUCCCGCCGCGCUCCUCGCCGGCCAUGUACUGCGCGGGCUUGGAAACGGACUACUACCGCAGCCAGCAGCGCGUCGACCACGGCGGCGGCGUCACCGGCUUCGCCACCAAACAGCUGUUCCUGCCGGCGCAGCAGUUUGGCUGCGUCAUUACCGCCAACAGCGGCGAGGGCGGGCACGCCGCCGGCACAGUCCUCUUCCGCGAGCUGAUGGACGAGGUGCUCGGCGUGCCGCCGGCGGAGCGCCCCGACUGGGAGGCGCUGGUGGACGCCUUGGAGGCCAAGCACGAGCCGGAGAACGACCCGGACCAGUGCGAGGCGGCGCUCUGUAAGAAGAUUCUUGAGUCCCUGGGCGGAGAGAAGCAAGACGAGUACAAGGAGGAGAAGGAAGAGGCAAAGCCGCUGACGACAGCGCUGGAAACAUACGCCGGCAUGUACGAGCAUCCGGGGUACCACCAGCUUCUCCUCGAGAUCAAGGACGGUAGUUUGUUUGUCGACGCCUCGGAGCGCUCCUUUGGCUUCACCGGCAUCUUCAACCACAUCGCGCAGCAGCGUCUGUUUACGCUCCGCAUCGCCGAGAGCCAGGCCUGGGGCGGCCAAGACAUGACGGCCAUCAAGGCCGAGUUUGUACUUCAAGACGGCAAGGUCGUGCGGCUGGGCCUUGCGCUGGAGCCGGACAUGGAAGACACGGGCGAGGAGAUGAUUUGGUUUACGCGCAAGUAA